UCAUUUAUAUUGUAACAUACGAUAUAACGGACGGUGUUUUAUGACAGAAAAAUGCACUAGGCUACAAUUAUUUUCAGCCAAUUCGACUAAUUCGUACCAGCAAUGAAUACGGCGGUAUUCUACAAUGUACUGCAGCCAGUGCAUUAAACGCAGGUUGCGUCCGGUAAAUCAGAUUAUUGGACGGUAAAAGCCUGGCUAUGGUAAAAUGGAUUGUGACGUGAUGGUUUAAAAUCCCGGGGGAGGGAGAGCAUCGCAUGUCCUCGCCCACGGUAAAGUAGGUAGUCGGCUGACAGGGCACAUACGACAGACGCACCACACAUUACACUAAAUAACAUUCUUUCUUCACUAUGUAUACAGGCAUGGCUCCUCAAAUAUCACCCUAGUGAGGCGUGAACCAGCACGAGCGGUAACAUGACCACCUAUCACCAGAUACCAGAUGAUGAGAAGGGGUAUGAGUUGGACCUCUUCUGUGUCCCCAAACACUAUGAGGAGGAUUUAGACCGGGUCAUCAUCCCUCAUGGCCUGAUCAUGGACAGGACUGAGCGCCUGGCUCGUGAUAUAGUCCGGGACAUGGGGGGACACCAUAUAGUAGCACUGUGUGUUCUCAAAGGAGGUUAUAAAUUCUUUUCUGACCUGCUGGACUACAUCAAGGCCCUAAAUCAGAACUGCGAUAAGUCUGUCCCGUUGACUGUGGAUUUCAUUAGACUAAAGAGCUAUUGCAAUGACCAGUCUACAAACAGUGUCAAAGUUAUUGGAGGGGAUGAGCUCUCUACUCUAACGGGGAAGAAUGUUUUGAUAGUUGAGGACAUUGUGGAGACUGGGAGGACUAUGGAGACACUGCUAUCACUGCUGAGUGAAUGCAAUCCAAAGAUGGUCAAAGUGGUCAGCCUUCUAGUUAAGAGAACACCAAGGAGUUCAGGAUACAGACCAGACUACAUGGGGUUUGAGGUGCCUGAUUGGUUCCUGGUGGGAUAUGCCCUGGACUACAACGAGUACUUCAGAGAUCUCGGUCACAUCUGUAUACUGAACGAGAAAGCAAAGGUGAAGUACAAAGUGUGAGUUGAAGAGGAGGCAAUGGACAGAUGGAUGAACCACUUCGGAUGAAACACUAGGAAAAUUGAGAUUUUUGGGGUUCUGAACCAAAUGUUUUUUUUAAUUGUUUUUUUACUCAUGGAUCCUACUUACAUACUUAAUAGAGCGCCACGGUGGUGUCAUAAUACCUAUAUAAUCUAGAGGCCAAUCAGAUAAAUGGUUCCCAUUGGUUUUCCACCAUUUUUCCCAUAGGGAAUUUUAGAAACAAUUAAAAUAAGGGCUGUGUUUCGUGUAGGCUCACCCUGGCGUGAUGUUUAGAUACCGUUUGGAGACACUUUUUUGUUUGACCGCUGGAUGUAAUGGGUAUUAUGACUCAUACAUUGGUACUCUAUGUGAACACAUGGAUUGUGAAUUCACUUUGUAACAUGCUCUUUGAGAACAUUUUUAUUUCUUAUUUUCAAAAUGAUUGUUGCCCUGGAAGGAGUGGGAUGAGUAAUGUGUUUUUAAGUAGAGGAGGACUCGUGUAAAGAUGGUUAUGGGAGAUAUUACACAAUUAUAAUUUCAAUGUAUUUUCUAUAUUAUCUUGGGGCCUUGAAGGCCUCUUAGUCUGAUUUACGUUAGUAAUAGUGAACAGUGGCGACCUGUCAUUCAGGGUAGGUGUGGCAGAGCCCCACCUGUUUUGAGCCCCACAUUUUUAGGGGGGAUUGCCUGUUUUGCAUGUUAUUUUGUCAUUGAUACGUGUCACAUCAGUUUGUAAACAAUGGAAAAAAAAUAGUAAAUCAAAUCAUUGAGUUAAUAAAACCUCAUACAAACA